AUGACGAGCACCGGACAAUCGUUUCUGUCGUGGCAUCGGCUUCCACGGGAAAUACAGCUGGAUAUCCUGUCCCUUGUGGCCCGUGUCGACCAGCUUUCCAAAUGCGCCGCCGUCUGUCGAGAUUGGCAAGAAUAUUUCGAAAACAUUCUCUUUCGAAAGGUCACCGUUCACCAGGGAGAUCUUGCCCGACUUGGCGAGAUUAGCCCCUGUCGCACGGAGCGGAUCCGACAUCUCUGGUUACGUAUCGAACUUCUCCCCUACGACUGUCUAAGGUGUCAUAAUUUUGGUCGCCAAGAUCAUACAAGGAACGGAACCAUCUUCCAAGAAGCCCUCCGUAAACUGUUUAGAGUCCUCCACAGUUGGAAGGGACGUAACCCAUCGCACCCAAAUAGCGGGUUGACCUUGGAGCUCAGCGUUCACUCUCCCAGUGAUUCACAACACGAGUUCCAGAACUUGUCCUUCGACGAUGAUGACGACAAUGGCAGAGACGCCGAUGUCUGCACAAUUGACGAUCCGAAUCACGGCUGGGUCGGCGGACGGCGCUCCCGCCAGCCAACACUAUAUGAUGUGACCGAGGUCUUUGGUGGUGUUGGGAAUCUCAACAUUAUCCCACCGGGGUUUCACUGGCCUGCACCGGCUGUGAAACAUCUCCUUGUUCGUCGGCAGACGCGCCGUAGGUUUGGAUACUCGACGUUGCGGCAUCUCAUGAAUUGUCUCCCUGGGCUUGAAGCCAUUAGCCUGGAAUUCUGGCGAACGGAUUUUCGAUUCCAACAAGAUGCUUGGGAUCAAGGUAUUUAA